AUGGAGAACUCAACAGAGAUUGUGUCGUUUGUGUUGGCUAUGUACGGUGACUUGGGACAAUUAAAGUACCUGUAUUUCACUCUGGCAAUGCUAUUUUACAUAUCGGUUAUUUUUGCCAACACUGUUCUUAUUAUCAUUAUUUAUGGGGAGAAAAACCUGCAUGAGCCCAUGUAUCUAUUCCUGUGCAAUUUAUUUAUUAAUGAAAUAUAUGGCAGCACGUCUAUGCUGCCCUGCUUGAUGGUACAAAUCUUGUCAGACAUUCAUGAAAUUUCUGCCUUUUACUGCUUCCUUCAAAUCUUUAAUAUUCAUACAUAUGUAGCUAUUGAAUUUGGAACAUUAACAAUAAUGGCAUAUGACAGAUAUGUGUGUAUUUGUAAACCUUUGCAUUACAAUGCAAUAAUAACUAAAAGAAAAGUACAGAUUGUCAUACUUGUGAUCUGGAUAGUUUCUUUUGUAGAGGUUGGAGUUUUAUUGUCUUUCACUAUUAAUUUGAAGCGUUGCGGGACUGUUAUCAACAAAGUAUUUUGUGCGCAUCACCUUUUAGUUGAACUUUCUUGUUCAUUAGACAGAACAGUGUCACUUAUUCAUGAUCUAGUUUUUGGCCUUAUUUUCACUGUUGCUGCUCCUGUCACUUAUAUUUCAUACAGUUAUGUAAAGAUUUUGGCGGUGUGUUUAAAAGCUUCUAAAGAGACCAGAAUGAAGGCUUUGGAUACCUGCACUCCACAUUUAGUUUCACUUAUUAGCUUUGUCUUUGCCUGUUUUUAUAGUUUGAUCACUCAGAGAUUUGACAUGUUCUCAGUUCCAUAUCCUCUCUGUGUUUUCUUGUCUAUGUAUGUAGUGAUCAUCCAGCCUCUUCAAAAUCCAAUCAUGUAUGGUCUUAAACUGUCAAAAAUUAGACAUGCUUGUAAAAAUUUGUUGACAUCGAAAACAUUGCGGCUGCACAUUUUCAUGGAGAGAAUUUAA